GCUACUAAAGUCUCUAGGAUCCUAGUUUAGAGAUAUUUAUCUUGGAGCAGAUAUGUCAAUGGGCCCACUCAAUUGAGUAGUAUUCUAUCCAUAGACCUCAGAAAAUGCAACCAGAAGAACAUGCUAAGAACAAAGUGCCCGCAAAGCUUCCUAUCUGAAGGUUUGGGAGGGUGAAGGCAAUAAGCAAUUAAGCAAGUAAAUUUGCAAUUACAAAUUACGAUACGUGUGUGAAGAGUGCUGUCAGAUUACGCUUAAAUUUGCAAUCAUGCCUUAAUUGACCCAGAUUCAGAAGGGAUCAAUAGCAAGUGGUUUUAUGUCUGUCUGGAUGCUCAGCUCUGAGUUCCAUUCUGAACCACUCAGCAGCCCCUGUCCUUGUUUCUUCCAGGCCCGGUGGAGCCAAAAUGAGCGCACAGUGAGCCAGCGCAGCCUCUCGCCAGCCAUCCCCCGACGCCCACCAUGAACCACUUGGAGGGCUCCGCGGAGGUGGAGGUGGCCGACGAGGCGCCAGGAGGGGAGGUGAACGAGUCCGUGGAGGCCGACCUGGAGCACCCCGAGGUGGAGGAAGAGCAGCAGCCGUCGCCCCCGCCGCCCGCAGGUCACGCACCCGAGGACCACCGCGCACAUCCGGCGCCACCGCGGCCGCCACCGCAGGAGGAGGAGGAGGAGCGCGGCGAGUGCCUGGCUCGCUCGGCCAGCACCGAGAGCGGCUUCCACAACCACACGGACACCGCUGAGGGCGACGUGCUCGCCGCGGCCCGAGACGGCUACGAGGCGGAGCGCGCGCAGGACGCGGACGAUGAGAGCGCCUACGCCGUGCAGUACCGGCCCGAGGCCGAGGAGUACACGGAGCAGGCGGAGGCCGAGCACGCCGAGGCGGCGCAGCGGCGCGCGCUGCCCAACCACCUGCACUUCCACUCGCUGGAGCACGAGGAAGCCAUGAACGCCGCCUACUCGGGCUAUGUCUACACGCACCGGCUCUUCCACCGCGCCGAAGACGAGCCCUACGCCGAGCCCUACGCUGACUACGGCGGCCUCCAGGAGCACGUGUACGAGGAGAUCGGGGACGCGCCCGAGCUGGAGGCGCGCGACGGCCUGCGGCUCUAUGAGCGGGAGCGCGACGAGGCGGCCGCCUACCGCCAGGAGGCCCUAGGCGCGCGGCUGCACCACUACGACGAGCGCUCCGACGGCGAGUCCGACAGCCCCGAGAAGGAGGCGGAGUUCGCGCCCUACCCGCGCAUGGACAGUUAUGAGCAGGAAGAGGACAUCGACCAGAUCGUGGCCGAGGUCAAGCAGAGCAUGAGUUCGCAGAGCCUCGACAAGGCGGCCGAAGACAUGCCCGAGGCGGAGCAGGACCUGGAGCGCGCCCCGACCCCGGGAGGGGGACACCCCGACAGUCCCGGGCUGCCAGCACCUGCCGGGCAGCAGCAGCGGGUCGUGGGAACCCCGGGAGGCAGCGAGGUUGGUCAGCGGUACAGCAAGGAAAAGAGGGAUGCCAUCUCGCUGGCCAUCAAGGACAUCAAGGAGGCCAUCGAAGAAGUGAAAACCAGGACCAUCCGUUCGCCUUACACCCCCGACGAACCCAAAGAGCCCAUCUGGGUCAUGCGCCAGGACAUUAGCCCCACAAGGGACUGUGACGACCAGAGGCCCGUGGACGGAGAUUCUCCGUCUCCUGGCAGUUCCUCACCCCUGGGUGCUGAGUCAUCAAUCACACCCCUUCAUCCCGGUGACCCCACGGAAGCCUCCACUAAUAAAGAGUCAAGAAAAAGCUUGGCUUCAUUCCCAACCUACGUUGAAGUUCCUGGACCCUGCGACCCUGAAGACUUGAUCGAUGGAAUUAUUUUUGCUGCCAAUUACCUUGGUUCCACUCAGCUACUCUCAGACAAAACUCCCUCCAAAAAUGUGCGCAUGAUGCAGGCCCAGGAAGCAGUAAGCCGGAUCAAGACGGCCCAGAAAUUAGCCAAAAGCAGGAAGAAGGCUCCUGAAGGCGAAUCUCAGCCAAUGACUGAGGUGGACCUCUUCAUCUCCACCCAGAGGAUCAAAGUGUUGAAUGCAGAUACACAGGAGCCUAUGAUGGACCACCCUCUGAGGACCAUUUCCUACAUCGCAGACAUUGGGAACAUCGUCGUGCUCAUGGCCCGCAGGCGGAUGCCCCGCUCCAACUCCCAGGAGAAUGUGGAGGCCUCUCACCCAUCCCAGGAUGGAAAACGGCAGUACAAGAUGAUCUGUCAUGUCUUUGAGUCUGAGGACGCCCAGCUGAUCGCACAGUCCAUCGGGCAGGCCUUCAGCGUUGCGUACCAGGAGUUCCUCAGGGCCAAUGGGAUUAACCCAGAAGACCUGAGCCAGAAGGAGUACAGCGACCUGCUCAACACCCAGGACAUGUACAACGAUGACCUGAUCCACUUCUCCAAGUCGGAAAACUGCAAAGAUGUCUUCAUAGAGAAGCAGAAAGGAGAAAUCCUGGGAGUUGUGAUUGUGGAGUCUGGCUGGGGAUCCAUUCUGCCAACCGUGAUCAUUGCCAACAUGAUGCACGGAGGCCCCGCCGAGAAGUCGGGGAAGCUGAACAUCGGGGACCAGAUCAUGUCCAUUAACGGCACCAGCCUGGUGGGCCUGCCCCUGUCCACCUGCCAGAGCAUCAUUAAGGGCUUAAAGAACCAGUCCCGCGUGAAGCUGAACAUCGUGAGGUGCCCCCCAGUGACCACAGUGCUAAUUAGGAGGCCGGACCUUCGCUACCAGCUGGGUUUCAGCGUGCAGAAUGGAAUUAUCUGUAGCCUCAUGAGAGGGGGAAUAGCUGAGAGAGGAGGCGUCCGCGUGGGACAUCGGAUCAUUGAAAUCAACGGCCAGAGUGUCGUAGCCACGCCGCACGAGAAGAUCGUCCACAUACUCUCCAAUGCUGUUGGGGAGAUCCACAUGAAGACAAUGCCAGCAGCCAUGUACAGACUGCUGACGGCCCAGGAGCAGCCCGUUUACAUCUGAGCCGCACCUCCGCGGCGUGGCAGCAUGCAUGGAGGACUCUCCUCACCCUGGUUGUGUUUCUUGUGCCGCAUCUGUGUGUCCACUGAGACAUUCCCCUCUCGCGCCCAACGUUUGGUCUUACACAGGAAGAGAAGAGUCGGCAAGGGCCUCUUUGCUCUCUGUCUCUCUCCAGUUUGCUUUUUUAUGUUUGAUCCUUAACACCAGGGAAGUUUGGUGUGUACCCUCCUGAGGGUGGAGAGCAGCUAAUCUACCUAGGAUCAUGGUGGAGGCCUUUGGGGGAUCUUAAAGUGGUUGUUACUGCCCAAGGAGGCAUCAUCCCUCCCCAGGAGACACAUACUUCCCUGAAGGAGCUCCCAGAGGCAGCACAGGAGAUGACUGAGCAGUGCCUAAAACUCACUUGCUGAUCUCUCCGCCCUCCUCACCUCACUGAUGGAAAGAUGGCUGGUGACAGGUGACAGCACUGAAUAUCCUUAAAGCCCACAUCUUUAAGGAUGUUUGCUGCCUGCUGUGUGGUUGGAACCCUGCACAUUAUUUCUGCCCAGAAUUUCUGAGCCACUUUGAAAUCCCUUCCCUAGUUUCUUUUAGUUGCAAUGUGUGUGCUAGUUCAGGCCUAACUUCUGAGAAACAAGGACAAGGAUGCUGUGACAUCCACCUCAGAGGUCCUGGCAAGUCACGGGGCCUCCAAGGUUCCCCAGAUUUCCAAGGUUACCAAUUGGAGGAUAACCACAGGCAGGUACUGUCCUAACGUACUUGCACAGGCACUUAGGUAUCACACACACACACACACACACACACACACACACACGAGCCCUGCUCAGUGUCUCAUUUGCCCUCUGCCUGCAUCCAAGCAGUCUAAAAACCUAGCACACAGACCCUGUGGAGAACCCCCCAGCACCUCUCUGGAAGAUCUCCCCUCCCCUAGCAUAAGGUUGCCCUAGGCAGAAAGCUGCAGGCCUUGUCCUAAGACGACACUCUCCUGGCCUUCUCUAUCCCAAUUGGCUCAGAGUCCCCUCCAGGACUCCCCCACCCCAUGUACUCAACUGGAGGUUGUUCUUGAGGGACAAACCGUGAUGGGGGUGCCCUAGUGUCAUGCUUUCCUGCCUGAAGGCUAAGCCAGCCUGGGCCCGUUCACCACUACCAGUGAGGAUGUGAUAUUAUAAAGGCUAGGACAGAUAAGCCACUACAUCAGGCAGACUUCGCACUUGGUGUUGGGCCUUAGGAACCCCCAACUGUGCCCCAGACACAUCCUCUACUGUCCUGCAGAUCUGGGAGUUUGCAGCUGGUAUGGGAGGCUCGUGGUCUCCCCCACAUGCCUCACGUUUUGAUCACAUCUCAGUCCGUGCAUGUUUUAAUAAUGCCAUUCUGAGCCAGUUUCCACUUAUUCUUGGUCCAAAGAGCAGUUUGUUUCCAUGUGGAAUGUGGCUCUUUUUUUUUUUUUUUUUUUCUGUUCUUGUUUUGUUUCAUCGAUGACCUCAGUAGAGACAGGGGAAGAAAAACUAAUAUAUUUUGUAGUAUGGAUAUAAUCCCUGUUCUCUGCAUCUGGGAUAUUUAUAUUGUGUCUUUGGAGAUGGGAGUUCAGUGAGCAGUGUUG